UGGGAAGACCGCAAAACCAUAAACCCAAACCCCUCCCUUCUUCCUGAAGGCUCAAUCCAUUCCCCAACUCAUCGCUUACCUUCCCAAUGCUACCGCUGUUCAUCUCUUUCUCAUCCAUUUUCUUUUUCUGGAACUAAUUUCAACACCCUUUUCCCCAUGGACGCCAUUUUUACUUCUCUCCCGUUGCCCAACAAAUUCCACCCUCAAUUCUUAUCCCCACAUUGUCUCCAUCCCCCACCUCCCUUCAGAACCAGGUGCCGAACCAGCACUCGCAGAUGGAAGUUCAUAUUCACGAGAAUACGCGCCAAUUCUUUCUCAACUGGGAACCGGGUGGGUUUACUCCGCUUUCCGAGAGCUUUCGGAAGCUCAAAGCCUCUACAAGAAGGUGGAGAAGAUAAUAACCCGAGUUUGGGUGAUUUUGGUAUCUCAAAUUUGGUUAAUUUGUCUCUGCAUGAUAAGAAGAAUGAUGGGACCAUGCUCAAUGAUAUUGCCAAGUCAAUUGUGUAUACAUUGUUCUGUAUUGCUGUUGGAUUUCUUCCCUUUAGAACAGUUAGAGUUCCUGCUAUUGCCGCUCAGGUAGUCGAGGAGAGGGUUUUGGAUAAGAAAACCAAUGGGGGAGAGGAGGAUGCAUCGAACUUGAGGAGUCACGAGUACUCCGACUGCACGAGGCUGUUGCUUGAGGCGGUGUCGGGUGUAUUGAGGAUGAUAGAAGAGGCUAGAAAAGGUAAUUCCAGUGUGGAAGAAGUGGAGGCGGCAUUCAAGGCUGUGAAGUUGAAGAAAGAGGAAUUGCAGGAACGUAUUUUGAAUGAGCUUUAUAUGCAACUGAGAGGAUUGAAGGGGGAGAAGGCAGCUUUGGAGAAGAGAUUGGAUGAGGUUGUUGACGAGGUAAUGAAAGCUAAAGGAGAGUAUGAGAGGUUAGUGGGGAAAGGGGUAAGUGGUGGGAAGGACGCGAGGGAGAGGAUAGGCAGGUUAGAGCAGAUAUUGAGAAGGUUGGAGGUUGAGUACGACGAGAAAUGGGAGAGAGUAGGGGAGAUUGGGGAUAAUAUUUUGAGGAGAGAGACUGUGGCCCUGAGCUUUGGGGUGAGGGAGAUAUGCUUCAUUGAGCGGGAAUGCGACCAACUGGUGAAGAGGUUUACUCGGGAAAUGAGAGCCAGAGGGAAGGGUACUAACAGAAUGGCAAAACAAUCUCUUACAAAGCUUUCUAAAGAUUACAUUCAGAAAGAUUUGGAAAAUAUGCAUAGAAAAAAGUUGGAGCAAAUUAUUCUUCCUACUGUCAUUCAAGGUGAUAGUCUUGGAAAUUUUUUAGAUCAAGAAGCAGUUGAUUUUGCUCAGCGCAUAAGUCAAGGUCUUAAAGAUUCUAGGGCAAUGCAGAAGAAUAUGGAGGCUCGUUUGGGAAAGAAUAUGAAGAAGUUUGGUGACGAAAGACGGUUUGUUGUUAACACCCCAGAGGACGAGGUGGUGAAGGGUUUUCCAGAAGUUGAGUUGAAGUGGAUGUUUGGUGAUAAGGAAGUUGUGGUUCCUAAAGCUAUUAGUCUUCAGUUAUUCCAUGGUUGGAAGAAGUGGCGUGAAGAAGCAAAGGCAGAUUUAAAAAGAAACCUAUUAGAAAAUGUGGAAUUUGGUAAAAAAUAUGUGGCCCAAAGACAGGAGCGUAUUCUUCUUGACCGAGAUAGAGUUGUAGCAAAUACGUGGUACAAUGAAGAAAAGAAACGGUGGGAAAUUGAUCCGAUGGCUGUUCCUUAUGCGGUGGAAAAGAGGCUAGUAGAUCAUGCCCGAAUAAGGCAUGAUUGGGCCGCGAUGUAUAUUUCACUUAAGGGGGACGACAAGGAAUUUUUCUUGGACAUUAAGGAAUUUGAAAUGAUAUUUGAAGAUUUUGGAGGUUUUGACGGACUAUAUAUGAAAAUGCUUGCCUGUGGUAUACCAACAACUAUUCACUUGAUGUGGAUCCCAUUCUCAGAGUUGGAUAUCUAUCAACAGUUCAUCCUAAGCUUAAGGUUGUCUCAGAGUUGCUUGAAUGCAUUGUGGAAGACUAGAGUUGUAUCAUAUGGGAGAAGUUGGGUUUUUGAGAAAAUAAAAAAUAUAAAUGAUGACUUAAUGAUGGUGAUUGUAUUUCCGACUGUGGAGUUUUUAGUCCCUUAUCCGAUAAGACUCCGGUUGGGGAUGGCAUGGCCAGAGGAAAUAGAUCAAACUGUUGGUUCAACAUGGUACUUGAAAUGGCAAUCUGAGGCAGAAAUUAAUUUUAGAUCCAGAAAAACAGAUGAUUUCCAGUGGUUUCUUUGGUUUAUCAUUAGAAGUGUUGUAUAUGGAUAUAUUUUGUUUCAUAUCUUCUCCUUUAUGAAGAGAAAAGUGCCAAGGCUUCUGGGCUAUGGACCAGUUCGUAGGAAUCCAAAUUUGCGGAAGUUAGGGAGAGUGAAAUCCUAUCUUAGUUAUAGGAUGAGGAAAAUCAAACAUAAGAAGCGGGCUGGUGUUGACCCAAUUACACGUGCAUUUGAUAGAAUGAAGAGGGUGAAAAAUCCAUCAAUACCUUUGAAAGACUUUGCUAGUAUUGAGUCAAUGAGAGAGGAGAUCAAUGAAGUUGUGGCAUUUCUACAAAAUCCUCAAGCAUUUCAAGAAAUGGGUGCACGUGCACCUCGGGGGGUCUUAAUUGUUGGUGAGAGGGGAACAGGAAAGACAUCUCUUGCGCUGGCCAUAGCCGCAGAAGCGAAAGUACCAGUUGUUACAGUUGAAGCCCAAGAAUUAGAGCCUGGACUAUGGGUUGGGCAAAGUGCAUCCAACGUUCGGGAAUUGUUUCAAACUGCAAGAGAUUUGGCACCUGUGAUCAUAUUUGUGGAGGAUUUUGACCUUUUUGCUGGAGUUCGUGGCAAGUUUAUUCAUACUAAAGAACAGGAUCACGAGGCUUUCAUAAACCAACUUCUUGUGGAGCUAGAUGGGUUUGAGAAACAAGAUGGAGUAGUUUUGAUGGCUACCACUCGAAAUUUGAAGCAAAUUGACGAGGCUCUACAGCGGCCUGGCCGUAUGGAUCGAGUUUUUCAUCUUCAAAGGCCAACUCAAUCAGAAAGAGAGAAGAUACUUCAGAUUGCUGCAAAAGAAUCCAUGGAUGAGGAGCUCAUUGAUUAUGUAGACUGGAAGAAGGUUGCUGAGAAGACAGCCCUUUUACGCCCGGUGGAACUAAAACUUGUCCCUGUGGCUUUGGAAGGAAGUGCUUUUCGGAGCAAAUUACUUGACACUGAUGAACUGAUGGGCUACUCUAGUUGGUUUGCUACUUUCAGUGGUAUUGUUCCCAAGUGGAUGCAGAAAACAAGAACAGUCAAGAAACUAAACAAAAUGCUGGUGAAUCAUCUUGGAUUAACACUGUCUAAAGAAGAUCUCCAAAACGUGGUUGAUCUGAUGGAACCAUAUGGCCAAAUAAGCAAUGGAAUUGAACUCCUUAACCCACCUCUUGAUUGGACAAGGGAGACGAAGUUCCCACAUGCUGUUUGGGCAGCUGGUCGUGGUCUUAUUGCUCUUCUAUUACCAAAUUUUGACGUUGUGGAUAAUCUAUGGCUUGAGCCAUUAUCUUGGCAGGGUAUUGGAUGUACAAAGAUCAGUAAAAGGAGAAAUGAAGGUUCCAUUAAUGGGAAUUCAGAAUCAAGAUCAUACCUUGAAAAGAAGCUUGUGUUUUGCUUUGGUUCAUAUGUUGCAGCUCAAAUGCUACUUCCUUUCGGAGAAGAAAAUUUCCUAUCUUCUUCUGAAUUGAAGCAGGCACAAGAGAUUGCAACAAGAAUGGUGAUUCAAUAUGGCUGGGGGCCAGAUGAUAGUCCAGCAAUUUACUGCCGAAAUAAUGCGGUUGCUUCUUUGAGCAUGGGUGAUAACUAUGAAUAUGAGAUGGCGGCUAAAGUUGAGAAGAUUUAUGAUUUAGCAUAUUGUAGAGCAAAGGAAAUGCUUGGGAAAAACCGUCAAGUUCUUGAAAAGCUUGUUGAAGAAUUACUCGAGUUUGAAAUUCUUACUGGGAAGGUCUUGGAAAGAUUAAUUGAAAACAAUGGAGGAACUAGGGAAAAAGAGCCAUUUUUUCUUUCUAAAUAUCACGAUAGAGAGCCAUUGACUGGUGCAUUUCUCGAUGGCGGGAACUCUUCGGGCACUGCUUUUUUAAGUCAAGCAACGUAGAAUAAGAGAAAAAGGAUUUUGAUUUGGAACUGAAUCAUUCAAACGGUUAGUAAAAACCGUCGUAGUGGCACUACAGGAGUUCCUUGUUUGUCAUUUUGAGCAUAGAGAUAUAAUGUAACCGAGAUGUAUUGAGUAGAGAGAUACAAUACGAUGUAAUGUAGUGUAGAACAAAGUUUUUGGUUGGGCAGAGGCAUCGUUUUUCCUUUGACAACCACAAGAUUUUGUAAUAUCUGUUGUACUCAAUCUCUGUAAAUGUAGUUUGACAUUUCAAAGGAAUUAUUUAUGAUUGAAAAAUUCAUCAUCUUUGAUCCA